CUGUUUGUGUAUCAAAUUUACCAACACUGGCUACAAAUCAAAAUACAAAAUGUUGCGUGCAUUGAAAAUAUCAAAAUCAACAGGUUGGGCGCCACAGGUUCUCCGCUUUGCCAGCAAUGGAGGCAGUGAUUUGGUCUUGGUUAAGGAAGAGCAUGGAGUACGGGAGAUAACGCUGAAUCACCCGAAAACUCUUAAUUCCCUUUCACUGGAGAUGAUGACUGCCCUUCAGGAUGCUCUGCUGAAAGAUAAAGACAAUGUGGACCUGAGAUGUGUAGUCCUAACGGCCCAAGGAAAGAUUUGGUCAGCGGGUCACAACCUAAAAGAGCUCCACAAUGACCCCAAGAUACAGGCUUGUGUGUUCCAAAAGCUAACCGACGUUAUAAACGACAUCCAGAAGCUCCCGGUGCCUGUGAUUGGAAAAGUCAAUGGUUAUGCGGCUGCUGCGGGUUGUCAACUGGCGGUCUCAUGUGAUAUGGUAGUCUGUACCAAGAACAGCAAGUUCUCCACUCCAGGAGCUGGCGUAGGAGUUUUUUGCUCCACUCCCGGCGUGGUCGUUGGCCGUCUCAUGUCACGUCCAAAGUCCGCCUACAUGCUAAUGACUGGUCUACCUGUGUCCGGCGAGGAAGCCUAUAUAUCAGGAAUGGUAACCAAAGCAGUGCCAGCGGAGGAUUUGGAUAAGGAAAUUGAAGAAAUCGCUAAGGCUAUCAAGGCCAAAAGUCGGGCUGUCAUCUCUUUGGGUAAGGACUUCUACUAUAGGCAACUGGCAUUGUCCCAGGCAGAAGCUCUUUCCGCUGCUCAGGAGAAGAUGUGCGAGAACUUACAACUAAACGACACCAAAGAGGGCAUUGCUAGCUUCUUCGAAAAGCGAUCACCCAACUGGAAGCACCAGUAGGCGGAGCAUACAGUGUACAACUCUGAAAAUUAAACGGAACUGUCCAAUUGUGCAUUUAUACUUCUAGGCUAGUUAUGUCCAAUGUGACACAAAAUGUUAUUAAAAUGUUUUUAUAUUAACCAAAA